AUGGGGAAAGCGAAGGCGUCGUCGAGGGUCGCGAAACGAAAAGCUGAAGUGAAGCCGUUCUCCGUGAAGAAGAAAGCUAAAUCGACGUCUCGUCGGAAGAAAUCUCAGAUCUCUCCGGUUGUUUACCGGCCAAAUCUCAAGCGCCAGAAAGAAGGAAUCUCUAACGAUUCCGUCGUUUCUAGCUCCGACUGUUUUCUCGACGUUUCAUGUGGUUCGAGCUCGUACUCGAGGAAGAGACGGAUCGACGAAGUGGAAAUUUCUGGACCGAAGCUAGAUUCGAUUGAUGAUCUGAAAUUUCGGAGAAUCACGAGAUCAUACUCUAAGUUGGUGAAUGAGAGGAAGAGAGAUGAGAUCGAAUUGAGUAAAUCGUUUUGCGUCGAAUCGGAUUCCGUUUAUGGCUUAAGGAACACAAAUCUGAACGCUGAAAUCUCAUUCACGCGAUCCGACGUGACAUUCGCCGCCGAUCAUUUCUCCGAUUGCCGGAAUUUGAGUUUCGAGUUGGAUAACGACGUCGUUUCAAGAGUGGAGUGUUGUUCGAGCUCGAAAUUCGGGAGUGUUACUGGAGGAUUUGGUAACGAAGGAAUCGAAAUCUCCAAACCGGAGCUCGAGAUCCCAAAUCUCGCUUGUACGGAGCAGUUCUCAAACAAAGAGGUCUCCGACUACUAUUACUCGGACCUCGGUUCGUCGGAUUACACUCCGUCGAUCUUUUUCGAGUCAGGCAGUGAGUUUUCUGAGAAAUCAGUGUGUGAUUCUACUCCGUCAUAUACUCAUAGUCUCUUCCUCGAGUUCAAAAAGCAGUUCCGGAGAUCGAAAAUCCCAAACGAUGCGAAACCAUCUCUUGCGGAUGAUGAACACCAAGAGAUUCUUCCUGAAUUGCGUAGCUUUGACGAUGAGGAGGUGGAAGAGAGCUAUCAGAGGUUGAGGGAAAGAGAGAGAAGCCAUGCUUAUUUGCAGGGCUAUGGUAAAGACUACUACUCUGGGAUAGACCAGAGUGAUCUCAUUCCUCAUCUACGCUUAAUCCUUGUUCAAUGGAUUGUUAAUGAAUGUACAAUAAUGGAGCUUCAGAAAGAGACAUUGUUUCUAGGAGUUAGUCUCCUCGAUCGGUUCCUGAACAAAGGAUCCUUCAAAAGCCAAAGGAGUCUACUCAUUGUUGGAAUUGCUUGCCUUACUCUAGCCACCAGAAUCGAGGAAAAGCAAUACUUCAACACUGUUCAGAGAAGGAAAUUCUACAUCCAAGACGAAAGAUUCAGCCGAAGUGAAGUUGUGGCAAUGGAAUGGUUGGUGCAAGAAGUCCUCAGCUUCAAAUGUUUCUCACCAACAAUCUACAACUUCUUAUGGUUCUAUCUCAAGGCCGCAAAAGCCAAUCCACAAGUUGAAAGCAAUGCUAAAUCUUUAGCAAUCAUGGCGCUUUCCGACCAUUCUCUACUUCGUUACUGGCCUUCUACUCUAGCUGCAACACUGGUGAUUCUUGCUUGCACACAAAACAACGACCACGAAGCUUACACAAGUGUGAUAGAGGUUCAUGUUAGGACCAAAGAUAACAACUUGCCUGAAUGUGUCAAGAGCAUGGACUGGUUGCUUGGCAAAUAA